GUUUUUGCACUGAAUGUAGCCAGGACGGACCCUUGUGGGCUUUAGCAGCCCGAGGAAACUGUCAAAGGCACUAUUUUGCAUUUCUGCAGUUUUGCACAGAUUCUGUUCCCAUGCAAACCGAUGAGGGAGAAAUACUGGAGGAAGGCAGUCCCAAGAUGGAACAUGAGGAUUUUGUAAUGGAAGGGCAUGGCAAGACUCCACCUCCUGGUGAAGAAAACAAACAAGAGAAGGAGCAAGAAAGGGAAGAACAGUUAAUGGAAGACAAGAAAAGGAAGAAAGAGGAUAAGAAAAAGAAGGAAUCUACUCAGAAGGUCACAGAUCAAAAAACCAAAGUGCCCGAAGUGACGAAACCAAGUUCAAGCCAGCCAGUGGCCGCCAGCCCAAUUGGCAGCUCUCCAUCGCCACCAGUCAAUGGUGGCAACAAUGCCAAAAGGGUGGCAGUGCCGAACGGACAACCGCCAAGCGCCGCCCGCUACAUGCCUCGGGAGGUGCCGCCGCGAUUCCGUUGCCAGCAGGACCACAAAGUGUUACUGAAACGUGGGCAGCCCCCUCCUCCAUCCUGUAUGCUACUUGGGGGUGGGGCAGGGCUUCCUCCCUCUUCAGCACCUGGAGCAAACCCAAACAACGCACAACCAGUGAUAGGAGCAGUGCUGCAGAGCGAUAGUGGGACUGCAACAGAUUCAACAAUUGGAGGUGCUGCUGCUUCAAAUUAUGCAAAUUCCACUUGGGGUUCUGGAGCCGCCUCCAACAACGGCACCAACGCCAACCCAACUCACGUCUGGGACAAGGUGAUUGUAGACGGGUCUGACAUGGAAGAGUGGCCUUGUAUUGCCAGCAAAGACGCUGAGUCUUCUUCCGAAAAUACCACCGAUAACAACAGUGCCUCGAACCCUGGCUCAGAGAAGAGCACUCUGCCAGGAAGCACCACUAGUAACAAAGGAAAAGGAAGCCAGUGUCAGUCUGGAAGUGCUGGGAAGGAAUGUAAUCUUGGGGCCUGGAAAUCUGACCCCAAAGCUAAAUCUGUUCAAUCUUCCAACCCUGCUGCGGAGAGUAACAAUGGACUAGGAAAUUGGAGGAACUUGAGUGGGCAGGACAGAAUAGGCCCUGGUUCUGGCUUCAGCAACUUUAACCCAAAAAGCAACCCAUCUGCCUGGCCAGCACUGGUUCAAGAGGGCAAUUCUAGGAAAGGGAUUUUGGAGUCUGAUAAUGGUAACGCCAAUGCACAGAUUAGUACAGUAGGUCAGACCUCUAGGGAACAGCAGUCAAAGAUGGAAAACGCGGGUGUUAACUUUGUUGUCUCUGGCAGAGAACAGGCUCAAAUACAUAACACUGAUGGACCAAAAAAUGGAAACACUAACUCCUUGAACUUAAGUUCGCCAAACCCUAUGGAGAAUAAGGGAAUGCCCUUUGAAAUGGGCUUGGGGAACCCCUCCAGAAGCACUGACGCCCCUUCACAAAGCACUGGAGAAAGAAAGACUGGGAGUGUUGGAUCUUGGGGUACAUCUAGGGGGCCUUCUGGAACUGACACAGCCGCUGGACAAAGCAAUUCUGGAAACCAUGGGAACAAUGGAAAGGAUAGAGAGGACUCCUGGAAAGGAGUUUCUGUUCAAAAACCUAAUGGGUCAAGAAAUGAUUCUUGGGAUAACAACAACAGGUCUGUGGGUGGUGGGUCUUGGAACUUUGGCCCUCAGCACUCAAAUGAAAACAAAUGGGGUGAAGGGAACAAAUUGACAUCUGGGGUCUCUCAGGGAGAAUGGAAACAGCCGUCUGGGUCUGAUGAACUGAAGAUUGGAGAAUGGAGUGGUCCAAACCAACCAAAUUCUAGCACUGGAGCAUGGGACAAUCAAAAGGGCCACCCCCUUCCUGAAAACCAAGGCAAUUCCCAGGCUCCCUGUUGGGGAAGAUCUUCCAGCUCUACAGGAAGUGAGGUUGGAGGUCAAAGCACUGGAAGCAACCACAAAGCAGGAAGUAGUGACAGUCACAAUUCUGGACGCCGAUCAUACAGGCCUACGCAUCCUGAUUGCCAGGCAGUCUUGCAGACUUUGCUGAGCAGGACUGAUUUGGACCCCCGUGUGCUUUCAAACACUGGCUGGGGCCAAACUCAAAUUAAGCAAGAUACAGUUUGGGAUAUUGAAGAGAUGCCAAGGCCCGAGGGGAAAUCUGAUAAAGGAACUGAGGGGUGGGAGAGCUCUGCCACACAGACAAAGAACUCAGGGGGCUGGGGAGAUGCACCCAGCCAAAGCAAUCAAAACAAGUCUGGAUGGGGUGAGCUCUCAACCCCCACAGAGUGGAAGGACCCCAAAAACACAGGAGGGUGGAAUGACUAUAAGAACAACAAUUCUUCUAGCUGGGGAGGAGUAAGACCAGAAGAAAAGCCUUCCUCUUGGAAUGACAAUUCCAACAAGGAUCAAGGGUGGGGUGGACGGCAACCUAAUCAAGGAUGGUCUUCAGGAAAGAACGGUUGGGGAGAGGAAGUUGACCAAACAAAAAACAGUAAUUGGGAAGGUGCAGGAAACAAACCAGUGUCGGGUUGGGGUGAAGGUGGGCAAAAUGAGAUUGGGACUUGGGGUAAUGGUGCAAAUGCAAAUGCCGCUUCAAAGGGCGGAUGGGAUGAUUGUAAAAGAACGCCAGCAUGGAAUGAGAAUGGUCGACAGACCAAUUCCUGGAAUAAGCAGCACCAGCAGCAGCAGGAGACUUCUGGCUCCUGGGGUCCACCACCUCCAGGUAAUGGGCGACCUCCAAAUCCAAACUGGAGCAGUGGGCCACAGCCAGCUGCCCCCAAGGACGAGGAACCCAGUGGCUGGGAAGAACCUUCUCCACAAUCAGUCAGUCGGAAAAUGGAUAUUGAUGAUGGCACUUCAGCAUGGGGAGACCCUAGCAGUUAUAACUACAAGAAUGUGAACCUGUGGGACAAGAACUCGCAAGGGGGACAGGCUCCACGAGAACAAAGCCUGCCUACUCCAAUGACUAGCAAAUCAACAGCAUCAGUCUGGAGUAAAAGCACACCACCUGCUCCAGAUAAUGGUACGUCUGCCUGGGGUGAGCCAAAUGAAACCAGUCCCGGGUGGGGUGAAGUAGAUGAUACAGGAGCAUCGACAACAGGCUGGGGGAAUGCACCCUCCAACACCCCGAAUACCAUGAAACCUAGUUCCAAAUCUAUGCAAGAUGGCUGGGCAGAGAGUGAUGGGCCAGUAACAGGAACACGUCAUUCAAGCUGGGAAGAGGAGGAGGAAGGAGGAGUCUGGAACACAGCAGGCUCUCAAGGAAGCAGUUCCUCCCACAACUCAACAAGCUGGGGGCAAGGAGGAAAGAAACCACAAAUUAAGUGUUCAUUAAAAGGAGGAAAUAGUGAUUCAUGGAUGAACCCUUUAUCCAAACAGUUUUCAAACAUGGGAUUGCUAAGUCAAACUGAGGACACUCAAGGCAGUAAGAUGGACAUGUCUGUUGGUGGUCUCCCAGAUAAGAAAUUUGAGGUGGACAAACGAGCCAUGAACCUCGGGGAUUUUAAUGAUAUAAUGAGAAAGGAUCGAUCUGGGUUCCGUCCACCUAAUUCCAAAGACAUGGGAACCACAGAUAGUGGGCCUUAUUUUGAGAAGCUGACUUUGCCUUUCUCCAAUCAAGAUGGGUGCCUUGGGGAUGAGGCUCCCUGCUCUCCCUUCUCCCCUUCUCCCAGCUACAAGCUGUCUCCCUCUGGUUCCACACUACCCAACGUCAGCCUUGGGGCAAUCGGCUCAGGGCUCAACCCCCAAAACUUCGCUGCUAGACAAGCUGGCAAUCAUGGUUUAUUUGGAAACAGCACAGCGCAGUCGAGGGGCAUGCACACACCAGUGCAGCCACUAAACCCUUCCCCCAAUAUCCGGGCACAAGUGCCUCCCCAGUUUCUUUCCCCUCAGGUUUCUGCCUCCGUGCUCAAGCAGUUUCCCAACGGUGGCUUGAACCCAGGUCUUUUCAAUAUAUCUCCUCAACAGAUUGCUAUGCUGAGUCAGCUUCCAAAUAUUCCUCAGUUUCAACUAGCAUGUCAGCUUCUUCUUCAGCAACAGCAGCAACAGCAGCAGCAACAACAGCUGUUACAGAACCAGAGAAAGAUUUCUCAAGCUGUGCGACAGCAGCAAGAGCAACAGCUUGCUCGUAUGGUGAGUGCCCUCCAGCAGCAGCAAAGGCAGCCUGGCAUGAAGCAUUCUCCAUCCCAUCCAGUUGGGCCUAAGUCACAUUUAGACAGCAUGGUACCCAAUGCUCUGAAUGUGGGUCUCUCAGAUAUACAGACCAAAGGGCAAAUACCCGGAUAUGGUUCUGGGUUUGGUUCAAGUGGCAUGGAUUAUGGCAUGGUGGGAGGGAAAGAAGCUGGAUCAGAAUCUCGCUUUAAACAGUGGACUUCUAUGAUGGAAGGGCUGCCCUCCGUAGCUUCACAAGAUGCCAAUGUGCACAAAAAUGGUGCAAUAGUGCCCCCUGGAAAAGCCCGUGGAGGGUCGCCCUACAACCAAUUUGACAUAAUCCCAGGCGACCCGCUGGGUGGCCAUUCAGGCUCUGCUGGCGAUAGCUGGUUACCUGCCAAAUCUCCACCAACGAACAAGAUCGGAAGCAAAUCCAGCAAUGCCAGCUGGCCUCCAGAGUUCCAGCCGGGAGUGCCAUGGAAAGGUAUUCAAAACAUUGACCCUGAAUCUGACCCCUAUGUGACCCCUGGAAGUGUGUUGGGGGGUACAGCCACCUCUCCCAUUGUUGAUACUGACCACCAACUUCUGCGGGACAACACCACAGGGUCUAAUUCUUCCCUCAACACCUCGCUGCCUUCACCUGGUGCCUGGCCCUACAGUGCCUCUGACAAUUCCUUCACCAAUGUUCAUAGCACUUCAGCAAAAUUCAGUGAUUACAAAUCAACAUGGUCCCCAGAUCCCAUAGGACACAAUCCCACUCAUCUCUCCAACAAGAUGUGGAAAAACCAUAUUUCCUCAAGGAACACUACAGGGCUGCCCCGCCCACCACCUGGCCUGACCAACCCAAAACCAUCAUCUCCCUGGAGCAGCACAGCACCCCGAUCGGUCAGGGGGUGGGGGGCACAGGACUCAAGACUUGCCUCUGCCUCUACCUGGAGUGAUGGUGGCUCAGUUCGUCCUAGCUACUGGCUGGUUCUUCACAAUCUCACUCCACAGAUCGAUGGGUCAACCUUGAGGACGAUCUGCAUGCAGCAUGGCCCACUGCUGACAUUCCAUCUGAACCUGACCCAGGGCACCGCCCUAAUCCGAUACAACACCAAACAGGAGGCGGCCAAGGCCCAGACUGCACUGCACAUGUGUGUGUUGGGAAACACUACCAUCCUGGCUGAAUUUGCCACAGAUGAGGAGGUUAGUCGCUUUCUGGCACAAGCUCAGCCCCCGACACCUGCAGCAACCCCAAGUGCACCUGCAGCAGGCUGGCAAUCCCUGGAGACAGGACAGAACCAGACAGAUGCAGUUGGACCUCCUUUGAAUCUUUUUGGUGGGUCAGCAGGGCUUGGGCAGUGGAGCAGCAGUGGUGGCAGCAGCAGUGGGGGCGAUCUCUCUGGCGCUUCAUUGUGGGGGCCUCCAAACUAUUCUUCAAGCUUGUGGGGGGUCCCAAGUGUAGAGGAUCCCCAUAGAAUGGGCAGUCCUGCUCCCUUACUACCUGGAGACCUUCUGGGAGGAGGGUCGGAUUCAAUCUGAACUUAGAACUUUCAACUCUGACCUCGUGACCUUUUUUGGAACAGCAGCAGCACUAACUUGACCUUUUCGUUUUUUUUCAACUUGCAAUAAAUACAUUUUUAAAAGGAAAAAAGAAAACGGAGAGAGAAAAAAGGUGGGUCAUUGACAGACUGUCUGAGCACAUAGUUGCCUCCCUUAUAUAACUUCAGUUUUUUCGUUUGGAAUAUGAAUCCAAAAAGAGAACAUAUCACUCUUGAAAUACUUGAAUCAUGAACGCCAACUUAGAAAGACAAUGUGAAGCAAGUACACAUACCAUUUAAAUUUAAACACAAAAAAUUAAAAAAAUUAGUUUCUAGUUUUUCACUUUUUCAUGUUAUACGGAAGUUGUUGCUAAGAAACAUAUAUACUGAAAAAUAGCUUUUUAACUUUGUUUGCACUGGGUGUGUUUCCGUCCUUAGGUCUACCAUUUUGGGUGGGGUUGGGGUUCAAAAGAAUUGCAGGGGUGGGGGAGGGGAAGACUUGACGGAGCCUCACUUUAAAAACAAAAAAAAAUGAAAAAAAAAAAACCCUCAAAAAAAUCCCAACACUUUGUGAUUGGCUGGUUGAGAAAUACCAGUGUGUUCUGGCACAUGUAACUGCCCAUGUGUGCUUGUUUCUGGUGAGCGCGCAUUUUCUCCUUCUCUCUCUUGGCUGUCUCAGAAUGCUGCAUUGCUGAUGGGUCUGUGGGCUGGCUGGCCAUCUGUGUGUCUUGAUUCUGAAAACAAGUAUAGAGGAAUCCCAGUGACUGAAACAAAAUUUUCUUGGGCUGGAUUUGUCAAAUCUUUUUGGUUUUUUUUAAUUGAUUUUCGGAGGGUGCUAAUUCAAGUUUGCAGAUCAUAUUGAAUGUGGGUUGUUGCUUCCUAGCCCUUGUUCUAACCCUGUGGUAGAGCAAAACACUGCCAUGUCCGAAGGAUUUGGUGUGAAGGGAAGCCAGUGUUGUCUUUUGAGUAGCAGUGUAUUUAUUUAUUUAUGUCUGCAUGUGGGGUUUUGAUGAGUAAACCCUAGAAUGUUUGUUUUAUAAUGCAAGCCAUUCUUUUUUUCUUCUGUGGAGGGUAAAACAGAGGAUAGAAGACAUCACGUUUAUAUGUGGCUAAGAGCAGUGUUCUUAUCUAGUCCCUUGCAAUCUUCAGUAUCUUUGGAAAAUGAGUCUCUCAUCGCUCCCCCAAACCGUAUACAUGUACUCAUGUCCAUUCAUGAAGUAUCCAUCAAAACCCUGAAAUUCCAGCCCAACCAACAUUAUUCUCUUAAUUGAUUUACUGCUUAUAUUAAAACUGACAAAACUAAGUUGUGUCAGCAGUUUGCUGGCCUGCCUGCCUCAUCUCCUGAAAGCACAUGCAGCUAAUUCCUUUCCUUUCUGCAUCCCUUCUGAUGAGUGUUACCUGUGCCAGGCCGUGGUGUAUUACAGUACCAGGCCAUCGCUGACAGAAACGUUUACUUACGAAUGUUCUUAAACCAGUGUGUACUUCAAAUGUUUCCUUUUGUUUCUCUGUGUUGUGUUUUUUUCCUGUGUACGUGGUUUUGCUUAGGCAAGUAUAUAACUAGCAAAGACUUUUUUUAAAGUAUUGCACCUUUUUUUGUUUUUACUUUUUCUGUACUGUUGCUUUUUAAUUUCUGUAUUUAACGAAAGAUUUGUUUGGGAUUUUUUGAGCAUCAGUGUAGUAGUACUCUGGGCAGGAUGGGGUGACCUUUAAUCCACAGUGCUAGCCAGUGUGUGCAUGCGUGUGCACACUGGGAACAAAACUUACAACACUGCUUGUUGUGAAAAGAGCUGUAGCAGACCUGAAGGAACAUCCCUUUACACAAAGCAGGAGAUAUUUUGUGGGGGCAGGGAGAAGAGGGAAGAGAGAGGACGGUACUCUUCUGAGAAGUGCCACCACUAGUUGGAUGGUGUCAAGCUCUGUGUUAUACUGUUUAGCAUAAAGUGCUGACAUUCUGUACCAGCAAAUACCUACCCAUUCCAACCCUUAGUGGGAGCAUACCUCUGUUGUCCUUAUUAACUGUAGAUGUGGGGAGCGGAGGGGAAUCUCUUUUCUUUAGCAUCUUCACUGAAGGAUACAAUAGUGUCUAAUGUAUUUAACUCUUUAAACAUUGAGGGGAAUGGAAAAGGCAAACUGAAAUUGUGUGUGUGUGUGUGUGUGUGUGUGUGUGUGUGUGUGAGAGAGAGAGAGAGAGAGAGAGGAGGGAAAGGUGGAGGAAUUCUGAGACUUUUUUAAAUUGCCAUAUCUGUGUAAACCCAGUGUGACAUUGAAGGCUGACUGAGGGGAAUGCUACAUCUACAUAUGCUUAUAGAUUCAUAUGCAAAGUGUUAUGUGACCCAAAGGGUGUGGGUGUAUAAACUGGAGUCUGCAACAUACUAUCUGGUCCUUUUUUGAAUAUUAUUUUUUAUUUGUGUUUUGUUUUUUGUUUUUUGGUUUUUUUUACUGUGCUCUCUCCUCCAUCCCACCAUACACAUUGAAGCCAAUGUUUUUCUUCCAACUCCUGCCAGUUAGGUUUGUUCCCUCCCUCCCCCCAGGCAGAGCUACAUUGUCUCUGGUAGCCUCAGCAUGAAGAUCAGCCAUGCACAGAGAUGCAGGAGAGAUAAAACCCCUGUGCCAGCAGUACUUUUCCAAUGAAGCACCUAUAAUGGCCUGAAUAAGCCAGUAUCCAUUCUGUCAUGUGACUCGCCCAUGCUGGUUCACUGCUGUGUUCCCACCCCUUCACUUCUCUCUCCCAACCUGCCCUAAGGUCCCUUUACCUGCACUUUGGGUUAGAUGAGUUCAUUGCGAUACUACGGUGAAAGCCGGGUGCUAGAGCCCCUCUUGUUUACAAGACAUAAUGAGGGAUUUGAAAUAUUUAAAAAUGAAAAGCUAAAAUGUUCUUCCAUAGUAAGCUUAAAGAGGAAAAAAAAUUAAAACUUACACACAAAAAAAGACCAAAAAGUUCACGCAUGCAUGCAUGCAUAUAUAUUAGAUGAAGACUAACUCUGGGAGCAUUUAACAGUGUUCUUUGUUUUUGUUUAACAUUUAUUUUCCUGCUUUAAAUUUGCAAGCUUUCUCAGGAAUUCUAGGGUAGGAAGCCAGUUUUUGAAUAUGGUUUAUUUAACCUUAUCUUAUCCUAAAUAAAUGGCUGUUUCUUUCCUGUUGAUAAACUUUUACAAGUUCCUGAAUCUUCAAAAACUUUGAAAGUUUUUACUUAAAAAAAAAAUUAAAAAGCAGAAAAAUCUCCAAAUGUUACUGUCAUAACUGGGGAUCAAGCAUUUUAAAGACUGUAAAAAAUAAUAAUUACGACAAAUUCAAUAAGCACAAUAGAAAUUCAUUGUAUUCUUAAAAAAACAAGUUGUGGGAGAAGGGUUGUUCUUUGUAGAGUGCUGUUAGUCUCAUGUGGGUACAGUUGCAUGGGGUGGGAGAGAGAUGUGUGAAUGGAAAUAUAAUCACUUAGUUCUUUUUCAAUGAAAAUUAGACUGAACUAUCCCUCCAAGCACCUUUUUAAAAAAAAAAAAAAAAAAAAAAAAAAGGAAACUGUAAACCUAACCCAUACCUAUGGAAUAUCCUAGCAAUGGAGUGGUUGUAUCUUGUCUCCUUUUUAAUACAGAAAAUGAUCAAGAGGGGAGAGAAUUUGAAAGUCUCCUGUGAAAUGUACAUUAGAGAACAAAAGUGAUUUAUUUUUAAGUUUCCAACUACCCCUUAGUCAAUGUUAAUCCCCAUUAUGAAGAUUUGCUGCUUUCUUUUCUUUGUGUCUCACCCAGAAAUGUACUUUAAUUUUAGUUUUUUUGAGGGGAAUAUUUAAGCUCUCCUGCUGAUCCCACAGGUGCCAGCUGUCAGGCCUCCCCGCCCUGAGAACAACUUUGCUGAUCUCAGUGUUGGGAUGAAUAACUCCUGUCUCCCACCAGAAAGGGGAGAGGGGCCUAAUCUGCCUGAAGUUUUUAGGCAGAAACCACAAGCCACUUUAGUGCCUUUGUACGUAUACCCACACAUUCUGCAAAUGGAGGCAUAUGUAAUCCAGUCACUCCAUGAAAAUGAAUGCACCUGCUCUUAGGAUAGAAAAUUUGAUGCAGUGUUACAUAACAGAAGAAGUAAGAAUGCUUUUUAUGAUUUGAAAAAUCAAAUGCCAAGUUUCUCCUAUCACUUCAGUUGUGCUCUGUUUGUGUGUUGCAUUCUUCCUGCAAGUGUGUGCAUGCAAGUGCGUUAAAAACAUAUGCCAAGUUAAUUUGGAAAAUCAUAGUGUGAUUGGCCCAUAGAGAGGGAUUUAGUUUCUUUUUUCUUUUUUUAAAUUGAGGGGAAGAUAUUUAUCUGAAUGCUUUGCCAGAGGCUGUGCUUUAUCAAUUGGCAAUGUCCAAAGAACAGAAAAUGGUAGGACUUAGUGAAAAACAACCAAGGCCUUUGCUGCAGUCCCUUGGAAACAGCCAGAGCUGAUGACUACUAAGAGGUUAGAACACUGAAUCUUUGGCUGUGUCAUUUCAUAAGGGCAUCCUUCCUCUCUCCAAAAACACCCCCAUCCCUGAACUCUAUAUAGGCUUUAUCUUUGGCACUUGUAUCUUGAGUCAUCAAUUUAUAAGUUGCUUGAGGGACUUUAAUACCUCCCAUUUUCCAGUCUGAACAAAUUUGUCAAUUUUGGUCCUGUCCAAAUUUAUAGUUGAAACCAUGCAAGUAAUACUUGUCUAAACGCUGUCACUAGCUUGGUUCUAUAAUGUUUUUUCUGACCAUUUUGAACAAUAGUUUUGGAGGACCAUGCUAACCAGACAGCACUCUCCUAUAGGCCAAAUAUGGCUUGCCUUUCUCAAACAAGCAGUUCUAUUUGAUGUCAGUGCCUGAAAGAGGCAAGUAGGAUUUGGUACUGGGUAGAUCUGGCUUUUAGAUCACUGUUCUCGAGAAGGCAUUUGUGACUCUCCUGGUCAGGAAAAAUGUGCCAGUUGCUGCUAGCAUUGUUUCACAUGAACACCAUGAAAAGAAAACUAGGAAAAGUUUGUGAGAAGAAGUGGAAAGGGCGCAUCUUGGAAUAGAUUAUGAAUCUCUACUGCCAGUUGAGGUCAAAUAUCAAGUCCUUCCUGUUAGUCUCAAAAACAACAUCUUCAGUUUCCCAAGAUGUUAAUGAAGAAACAAAGAAUGCACCUUGUAGCAGUUCUGUUCUUGAUUCUUGCUCCUCAUGGCCAUAAAAUCUAAACACAUACAUGUCUCAAUUAUUAUUCCUUUCUUCCUGAUUUCCUGUCUCCUCUGUUUUAAUCCUCCACUGUUUUAAUUUUUCUAAUUACAUUUUAGCAAUUUUUCCUUUUAUGUUCUAUUUUCUAUAAAUUCUGCUCCAGUACCAGUUGCUUCCCUCCUUCCCCCAAAUGUUGCCUGAAUUGUCUGUAGGCUUAUUCUCUGAAUUAGAUGGGUUUGAACUCUUCUCCCUUCUGCCAUAGUAACUUUUAUGAAAGUGAUAGUGAAGAUUUCUAGUAUGCAAAAUGAGAAACACGAGCAAAGUAGGAAGUCUUAAAAUAUGACACCACUUCUAGUGGAAAGCAGAUUUAAUUUCUUGCACUGGGUGCUCUUUGGGAAGACUUUUAGUCUUUUCAAAUAUGCCUGUGCUUUUCUGGACACUUUUCCAUCAAUGCUGAGGACCUCUACAAUCAGAUGGUGUGAACUUUUUCUUAGACUUUGGCUUUCUGAUGUCCAGGUUAAACAGACCGAAGAAUUUAUGUAUUGAACAGAGACCUUAAGCCAAACACGUUUUACUCUGAAGUAUAAACAGGAUGUUUUCAGUAGACUCCAAUAUUAGAGAACAAUUCAGCCUUUGUAUUAAGUUGACCUCUCUUUUUUUUUCUUUUUAAAUUCAUCUUGAAGCUUUCAAAAAUUAGUACAUUAGAAAUCUUGGUCUUCCUACUUAACACUGUUUUUCAUUGCAGGGAUUUGAACUGGCAAAGGUGACUGGUGUAAUACUUUGUAAAAGCCAACUUUCUCCUCAGUGUAUGCUCUUCUUCCUUAUCAAAUGCUGCCACACCUCCUCUGUUCAUGCCUUGAUUGUAGAAUAAUCUUCUGCUUCAUCCCUCAGCUGCCUUUCCCUCUUCCUGGGUCUGACUUUGCUCUUGCAUGUGGCUCUCCCAUUGACUUUAA